AUGCCUAUUUUAGUUAAAGACUUCACUUGGUCUCAAACUACCAAUGCAAUAAACAUAAGAAUUCCCUUGGAUCCGGUAUAUCGUGAGGCAGUAGAUAUUUUUACAACCGAUAAGUAUAUUAAAGCACAUUUUAGACCAUACUUAUUUGAAAUGUUUCUGCUAUAUGAGGUAAAUAGUGAGAAAAGUAAAUGUACAGUGCAAGAUGAUUUAAUCGUAUUUGACCUAAUUAAGAAAGAACAGGUGGAUUGGGAAGUCUUAGAAAAAUUACUGACCAAAGAUGAAAAAGCCAAAUUGAGAGCAGAGAUGCUCGCUGAAUGCCAAGAAAAGGCCAAGAAAGAAUCUGAAGAGCGAGCUAUAAGAAAAAGCCAGUUAGAUAGAUUUACUGUACAACAAGCCAUGGAAAUCGAUACUAAGCAACAUACACUUAUGGACUCUAGGAGAGAUGACGAACGUAAUAAAGCUAUGAAUGAGUUGGAAAAGUGGCGAUCGAAGACUACUACAGAAACAUAUAAUGAUUUCCAAAGUAUGGAUGCGAUUACUGAUAGUAACAGUACUUCUAGUGUAAAGAUAGUAGAGUUACCUGACGAUGAGCCAGAAAUAAAAGCGAAAAUAACGGAAAGGAAAACUAUAAGUAAGACACCGGUAAAAACGCCAGUUAGGUCAGAGUAUGUUGAAAAAAGGAAACAGGAAAUAGGUAAUCGAGUUCUACCAAACUUACGGCAAAGUGGUCUAGUGGAGAUUAAGCACACACCGAGGAGUUUCCCAACUCCUAGUAGAGAGUCAACGGCACAGGAAGAGGAGGCUUGGUUAAGAAAUAUUACACACGCUAGACGAGCUACUGGGUUCGUAUCCGAAGAUUUGCGUCCCGAAGAACAGGAUCCUCAAUGGUGCAAGGAAAAGGGUGACGAGUUUUUCAGAAACGGCAACUUUUUAGGAGCUAUAAGUGCAUAUACCCACGGCAUCACAUUAUCUGAUAAAUUACCUAGUUUGUACUCAAAUAGAGCAGCUACACAUUUUGCUUUAGGCAAUUUUAAUAAAUGCGUGACCGAUUGUUCUACCGCUUUAGACCUAAUGAAGCCGGCCUGCGAGGGUAAUAGAAGGAGUAGGGCAAAAUGUAUUGCACGUCGCGCUGCCGGGCUAGCACGAAUAGGUCUUCUGAAUAAAGCUAUUGAUGAAAUGAAAGCUGCGGCAAAACUACUACCAGAUGAUGAAAAUAUCAAGAAAGAUAUUUAUGACAUGGAAAAAGCUUGGGAGCAAAAUCCUGAUUCAGAGUAA